AGGAAGUUACUGAAAUUUUGGGACGACAAUAAUCUGAAAGCCGUAUGGAUAUGUACAGUUUAAACGUCGCCAGUGGUUCCAUAGCUCACUGUGUUCUUCUGAAUAGUUAUUACUUUCAUGGUGUACUAUAGGCUUAUUUAUCAGUAGUAGCACCGCUUACUUUAUUAAGCGUCCAGAUCACCUUCAUUCAUUCAUCAGCAGUGGAGCGCACGCAGAGGAACUGCAGGUCUGCUCCGUUUGUGCAAAAUCCAAUAAGAGACCCGCGCCAUGAACGUGCUGGCGUUCUUCGCAGUGGGACUGGUGGUCCAUGUUGUCUUCUUCGCCUCGAUAUUCGACAUCUACUUCACCUCUCCUCUGGUCCACGGCAUGACCCCUCACACAGCCCCCCUGCCGCCUCCGGCCAAGCGCCUCGUGCUGUUAGUCGCCGACGGCCUGAGAGCAGACGCCUUCUACAGACCCGAAGCCCACGGGACGAGCAGGGCUCCGUUCCUCAGGGGUAUCAUUGAAGGAAAAGGCAGCUGGGGCGUGUCUCACACUCGUGUUCCUACGGAGUCCCGGCCAGGGCAUGUUGCCUUGAUCGCUGGCUUUUAUGAAGAUGUAAGUGCAGUUGCAAAAGGCUGGAAAGAGAAUCCUGUGGAGUUUGACUCUGUGUUCAAUGAAAGCCGGACGACGUGGAGCUGGGGGAGUCCUGACAUUCUGCCCAUGUUUGCUAAAGGGGCCACUGGAGAUCAUGUCCAUACUUUCACAUACCCAGCGGAGAAAGAGGACUUUGCAGCUAAAGAUGCCUCAAAACUGGACACCUGGGUUUUUGAUGAAGUGAAGGCCUUUUUCGAGUCUGCUAAAGAAAACAAAACCCUGCUGUCAAGAUUACGUGAGGACAAAAUUGUUUUUUUCCUACAUUUGCUUGGUCUGGACACAAACGGACAUGCCCACAGGCCCAUGUCAAGAGACUAUCAGGAGAACAUCAGAGUUGUAGAUGCUGGCAUUGCAGAACUAGUUUCAUGGUUUGAAGAGUUCUUUGAAAAUGAUGGAAAAACCUCUUUUGUGUUUACUUCUGACCAUGGCAUGACAGACUGGGGGUCUCACGGAGCUGGCCACCCCUCGGAGACACUGACUCCUCUGCUGGCGUGGGGAGCAGGAAUCAAGUCAGCACAGAGAGUAGCUGAACAGCACUUUGAGGACAAUUUCCUGCAAGAGUGGAAGCUCGAGGGCGUCAGGAGGUUGGAUGUCAACCAGGCUGAUAUAGCUCCACUGAUGUCUUCUUUGAUUGGGGUGCCCAUGCCUUUGAAUUCCGUGGGUACUCUACCACUGGAGUAUUUGAACAACGGUGACCACUUCAGAGCAGAAUGUCUGUAUGCAAAUGCCCUUCAGAUUCUGGAGCAGUUCAAGGUUAAGAUGGCCCAAAAAAAGGAGAUGACUCUCUCAUUUUUUUUCACCCCAUUUCAUUCGCUGAGGGAAUCGGAACAGGAGGUCUUCACACGCAAUGUGACGUCACUCAUCCAGCAGCAGCGCUACGAUGAAGCUAUCAGCCUUUGCCAUGCUCUGAUCCGGCUGGCGUUGGAGGGGCUUGCCUACUACCACACGUACGACCGGCUCUUCCUAGGAAGCAGUGUGGUGCUCGGCUUUGUUGGCUGGACCUCCUACGUCGUCCUCGUGGUCCUGAAAACCCACACCAGUCUCCGCAAGCCACCCGCGGGCAGAGAGGAGAUAUCAAGCAGUUCUCUUGGCAAGGCUUUUGUCGGCAUUGCUCUGCUGAUAACCGUGUUCCUGCUGAUCCAAGCUAGUCCCUGGACCUACUACGCUUACAGCCUGCUCCCUGUACCUGUCUGGUAUGCCGUGUGUAAAGAAUACAGAACAUUUACCAGUCUUCUCGGGUCCGUGUCUGAUUAUCCUUUAAAACAGUGUGCUGGAUUUGUGCUGGUGGCAGUCCUUGGUGUGGAGUUACUGGUUAUGACUUUUUUCUAUCGCGCCGUGUUAACUGUUGGACUCGUUGCCCUAGCUGGCUGGCCUGUCAUGUCGACACUGUGCAGACGAGCUAAGGCAGAGUCAGCGCGCUGGAUCCUCGGGUGUGUGUUUCUGGCCACCUUCCCCCUCAUGCCUGUCGUGGGCCGCGAGCCCAGCACCAGCCUGGUGAUCUGUGCUGCUGCCUUGACUCUGGUCAUCUCGGCGCUGUUCCUGUGGAAGUCCAGGAGUGCAGCACCUCAGCACUGGAAAGACUCUUCUCUUUACGUCCUGCAGAUGUUUCAUGUGGUUUUAUGUGCUGGUGUGCUUAACAGCACCCAUUCCAGUCUACAUCAGAAGCAAGGGUUACCCGUCUUCAAUCAGCUUGUCAGCUGGGCGACACUAGCUUCCUCUUUCAUCGUCCCCCUGAUGAGCUCCACCCGCCUCUUCCAGCGGCUCCUGAGCCUGUUCCUCUCCCUGGAGUCCACCUACCUCCUGCUCAGCACAGGGUAUGAGGCUCUCUUCCCCCUGGUGCUGUCCUGGCUGAUGUUUGUUUGGAUUAACAUUGAGCAGGAGACCAUAAAGAUUCAAGGACCGUCUAGCAAACUAAAGCUUUCUGGCAUUGAUUUUUCUGAGAACAUCGACAUAUCGAAGAUCAGGCAGUUGAGGCUUGACGACAUAAGAAGAUCAUAUUUCUUUGUCUUCUUCAUCAUCACCGCCUUCUUCGGGACGGGGAACAUAGCCUCCAUCAACAGCUUUGACCCUGCUUCCGUCUACUGCUUUCUGACCGUGUUCAACCCCUUUGUCAUGGGAGCCUUGAUGAUGUGGAAGAUAUUGAUUCCUUUUGUCAUCGUGAUGUGUGCAUUUGAAACCAUUCAAGUGUCCACACAGCUUUCUUCGAAAAGCCUGUUUCUUAUUGUCCUUGUUAUCUCAGACAUAAUGGCACUGCACUUUUUUUUCCUGGUUAAAGAUUAUGGAAGUUGGCUAGAUAUUGGUACCAGUAUCAGUCAUUAUGUCAUUGUGAUGUCCAUGACUAUCUUCUUGCUGGUCCUGAGUGUCCUGGCCCAAGUCCUGACUUCGAAGAGAAUUUAUCUGGAUAGAAGAAUGAAGCUACACUUCACAUGAGGGAUCUGUGAGAUUGCUGAGGACGCACAGCAGAAACGUGGCUCGUAAGGAGGACAUCUCUCUAGAGUCUAAACAAUCCUGCAGUGGAUUCUUGUGAUUUUACAUGUAAUCUCAUUGUAGUGCUGUAUCCCAUUAACACUGCAGUCAUUGGUGUGCUCCUGUAUCUUUUAGCUUAGAAAUGUUGAAUCUGGGUGACGUGGGUUGGGGCUGUAUUGCUCAUUUCCCUUAACAAAUAUCCUAUAGUCCCUUAUACAUUCAUGAGUACGCCGCUUCAGUGUUAGAAUAAGAGCUGGCAUUUCCUUCACUUACAAGGCAGGGAAUUGGCUGGCUGGGUGCCUUUUCUAUCACAUUAAUUGAAACUGAAAUGUUUACUUAUUAAACCAAUGAAGUUUAACUUCCUUUACUAAUACACAGAAUACUAUGUGCUACCCAUGGUUACAGAAUGUACUGUAAUGUUUCUUAUCUUUUUAGUACCAUCAAACAGGGCUGCAGGGCCAGUGACCAGCGACCAGCAGUGUGUUUAGUGUUUUAUCUCCCAAUCUUCAUUUGGGGUGGGAAGUACUUCUUAAUGUCACAAAUGUCACAAAUGAGAGCAAAACAUCUGCAGGGGACAGAACUGUAAAAUGAUUGUUUUGGGAAAUAUUUUCUCAUUACAUUUAAUUUUCCCACUGUCCAAAGUUAUCCCAAGAGCAGGGAGGGCGUUUUCAGGUUCUGGUUUACAGUAUUUACUCAGGGAAAAGAACAGAACAAGACCGUUGGUCUGAGCAGGGAGAAAUGGACAGUUCCAUCACCAGCACUGUCCUUCUGUACACUGCUGACUGCUUAAAGUUUCCAUUAUUUAAAAUCUGUAUUUAUUGUGAAUUCUGUACAUUACCAUUAGCUGUCCCCUUGGUACAGUAGCAUUAGAGAUCAGGGUAGGGACUGAGGAGUGACGCACUGUAGUGGUUCAGUGAAGAAACCCACCUGCUGUGAAUGCAGGUGACACAUAUUGGAUUAGCUGUUCAGAAGAGCUAUCUAAAGGGAUUUUGGCUUUCAGAAACAUGGAUAUUUAUUUGCCUGUGGCACCAAAUUAUUUAUGUAUGUUGUCAUUUUUCUGUAGAGGUACUAAAAUGAAAAAUGUUCAAGGAAGUGUGUACCUUAGUUUCACAAACUGAGCAUCAAAAGAAACUUGAGACUUAAAACUGCAACAAAUUCACAAUUUAUCAAAAAAGAACUCAAACACACACACCUAAAGAGAAGAAUCUGCAGGUGAAAAACAUUUUCUCCUUUCAGUUUUUCAUUAUGAAAUCAGCCUUUACUUGCUCUUCCACACAGAGAAAUGCUUCUUUUUUAUUUUUAACUUAUUUAUUGAUUAAAUGGUUUUAAAGUAAAAUAUACAUAGAAUGUUUAGCUUUUUCUUUUAUCUCUGCUUUUAGUUUAUAAUUGCAUGUUUUUAGAACUUUUACAUUGUGGGGUUUUAUACAGAAAUACAGUAUAUUAACUUUGUCAAAUCUUUAUUACAGAAAAACAAUCUAGACUGAAAUAUUUUAUUUCAGAAAGUGAAAUCAGGAUUUAACGUAUACAUACAUUUUAUCCAGGUUAACCAAUAUUUGCAAAAUCUUCCUAAGGUAAUGUUUCUUUUGAUGCUGAGGAUAUUUGGACUAUACCAGUUGUGGAUACAUAUCUGCGCAAUAAUUUACUUCUUUCACCUGUCUUUAAUUUUUAAAAAUGUUUUAACAGUUGUUUAAUUUUUUACAUGGGCAUGCAUGAAAAGCAAAUUAAAGUGGAACUUGAAACCUAAAUUCUUUCUUAGUAUUUUUACCUUAAAGCGAAGAUUUUACUGGAUCUCGACUAUUAAUUCUCACCCAGUUUUGUCACACAGAAUACAGAAUUGUUUUUCGUUUAAGUGACCCAAGUGUGCUGGCCAUUCAAGGCCUCUAAUGAUAUUUUUCUGAAGAAGCUCCUCCAGUGUGUUAGGCGUGUGUUGUUCUGUUCCUGAAAUAUCUAGGAACAUUCCUGUCACGUGAGCUUGCUCUUCAGGACAGAGGUUAGGCCAUCUGAGCACCGGAGUUCAUGUUGUGAAUGUGCUGCCCGUCAGUAAACGGGACCAGAGCACACAGUGAAUGGGGCGAACUUGCAAGCGCCGCAGAGGGUUUCCUGUCCCAGAACUGAACCCAGGCGUUGAGUGGGAGGUGGCAGCAGUCCAAGCUACAGUGCCACACUCGUGAAUACCACUCGCCUUAGAACCGGCCACAUGCCAUGCUUUCGACCACCGAGGAAGUGAGCUCGUUUAAUUGACCUGAUUGUCUACUGGGUACAUUUGGUGGCAGUUUCUUUCUGUACAGGGAUGAUAUUUGAACAUAGAGUGCUUACCAAAUCAUGUGGUGCUGACGCUCACUUUGCUCACGUCUUUAGAUACAUAGUUUUAAUAAGGAUGAGGUGACCUGCAAAGCACUGCGGAAAUAAUAAUACUUAAUAACAAUAAUUGCUUACACUUAUAGAGUGCUUUUCUGGACACUCCA